UUCGUUCCUUCCCUUUCCCCCUCCGACCUCCCUCCCCCCCACCUGCAAGCGAUUUUCCAGCCAUGUUGUCUGCCUUUGCACCCCAGACGUCCUCCGACUUCUUCUUCGGGAACCCAUUCCCGGUUUUCGAAGGCGGUUUCACGCCUUGGGCGCCGGAUUACCAGGAACCCCUUUUCCCCGUGAUUCAAGAAGAGCCUGGGAUUUACAAUUCCGGUUCAGAAAACUCAACCCCAAACCCAAACCCAAACCCAAAGCCCGUUGUGUGGAGCCCCGGUUCGGACGGGCCGGACCCGGACCAAAGCAACGAGGGACCGAACCGGACCAAGUCCCCGGUGGACGAGCGAAGGCUAAGGCGGAUGAAAUCGAACCGGGAAUCGGCAAAGCGGUCCCGCAUGCGAAAACAGAAACACCUGGAGGGCCUGAGGAAGGAAGUGACCCGGCUUAAGAUUGGGAACCGGGAACUGGUGAACCGGUUCCGGUUGGUGACACAGCACUUCGUAGUGGUGCAGAGGGAUAACGAAAGGCUCCAAUCGGAGUCGGCGUUUCUCCGGGAGAGGCUCUGGGCCAUGCACCAAGUUUUGCUAGUUCGGGAACUUCAACAACAACAACAACAACAACAAACUGCAUGGUCAUGCAAUACCAUUACCUCGAUUUCGAACAUCAAUGAAUUACAAAAUCAACUUUCAUGAAUCCAAUCCACUCAUCACUAUAUAUAUAUAUAUAUAUAUAGAUAAACCACCCGUUAAAACACUAUCGGCGGCAUUUCUCUCUAUCUCUCUGAACCGUUUGCUUUCUGUAUAAAGAACAAGUGUUGGGGUUUCCGAUGAAUUUUAGAAAAUCGGUUGUUUGCAAAUCAAAUGGUGGUUUUUUUCAUAUCAA